AUGGCUAUCUCAAAAAAUUUACCAUUAUUGAAUAAUCAUUUCAGAAAACACUGGCAAGAAAGAGUCAAAGUUCAUUUUGACCAAGCUGGUAAAAAAGCUUCAAGAAGACAAUCAAGAUUAAGAAAAGCUGCCAAAGUUGCACCAAAACCUAUUGACACUUUAAGACCAGCUGUUAGAGCUCCAACCAUUAAAUAUAAUAGAAAAGUCAGAGCAGGUAGAGGUUUCACCUUAGCUGAAAUUAAAGCUGUUGGUUUAACUCCAAAAUACGCUAGAACCAUUGGUAUUUCAGUUGAUCAUAGAAGACAAAAUAGAAGUCAAGAAACUUUUGAACAAAAUGUUUUAAGAUUAAAAGAAUAUAAAUCAAAAUUAGUCAUUUUUGAUAAAAAAACCAAAGCUUCAGAAACUGUUACAUACGAACAAUUAUCAACUUCAGCUACUUUCCCAAUUGAAAAAUCUGUUGGUGAAAAAGGUACUAGAGCUGUUGAAGUACCAGAACAAACUGCUUAUAGAACUUUAAGAUUAGCCAGAAAUGAUAAAAAAUUCAAAGGUAUUAGAGAAAAAAGAUCAAAAGAAAAAGCUGAAGCUGAAGCUGAAAAAGCUAAAAAAUAA